AUGGACACCGCGAAUGUCAGUAAUUCUGGUGGGUUGGUAGGUGCGGCUCUUCGUGGAGGAGUGGCCGACGGUCUGGUUCAAGGUCAGCCUUCUUCCUCGCAGGCUGAGUUUGUGCCAUACCAACACCAAUUGGUUUUCGGCCCUGGUACCAACGAAUACUCCGCCAUUCCAGAAUCGUUUCCACACACAGAAUACAACCCAUAUCCAUCUUCCGAGGCAUGGAAUGCUCCUUCACAGCCUGCACAUCAACAACACGCUCAGCAUUAUACGUCCCUCGAUCCAAUGUCCCACUUUGCUCCUCCGCCUCAUGCCUUCCCUCAGCAGUUUACACCCCAUAACUUUCCAACAAACCAGCAUCCCUUUGCAGCUACUGGUGCUGUCACAACGGCCUCUCCUCAAAUUGCCACAGCUCCAAUUACAGCUGCACGUACCAAACAAUCGCAUAAACCUCCAAGUAUACAGCAGAGCUUUGGACCGAAUGUUGUGCGAAACGUAGCGACCUCAACUCCAAAUGCAGCAACCCUAACCACAAAUGCAAUGACUUCAACCACAAAUGUAACGACUUCGACCCCAAAAGCAAAUGCAGAGACCCGUGUCAAAGGGUGCCCUAAUGUAACCGUAUGGUCGCCCCAUGAUCCGUCGCUACAACUCUCUUUGGACUUCCUAAAAAUGAUAUCAAGUGUUGCGCUCGGGGGCGAGCCGUCAGCAUCGGUAGGCCCGCCAAAAAAGAACCAGAAAGUAGCCAGUGCUGCGAGUACUACGAAAGCUCAGCCUGUUAAAACAGCCGCGCCUCCCAAAUCUAAGCUCCCCGAGGACCCUGUUGAGAAGGUUAGGUAUCAGAUUGAAGAUGCAUUGGAGUGCGAUGGAGACGAUGAUAUUGAAGACAUCCGUAAAGCAUCCAAACAGGUUUGGGAUGUAAUCAUCGGGAUACGGCCUGAACAGUCUAAGCUGGUUGAAGUAGCUGUACGCGCAAUUCUAAAGGUCGGCGAUAAUCAAAUCUUGAGGGCCCUUGGGGAGUCUAUCCUAUUCUCAAUAAGAUUGCGAAAGUGGAUGACAACCGAGUGGAACAGAGAUAGAAAUAGUCCUACACUGUUGUAUAAGUUCUGCGUAUCUGAGGAAGAUCUUGAACAAUCAUCGUGGAUCAAGGCUCUAAAAAGUAUUGGGUCGAAGUCAGAGGAUCCAAAAACAAGGGAAAUUUGCAUGGCAAUCACAAGGAGUGCUAGAGAACGCUCUGCUAAGAGGGAGAGGGAAGAGAAAGCUAAGGAAAAGCAACAGAAGCCCGCGUCAUUAGCAGCCUCCUCUUCUCUAUCUGACCGCACUAAUGAUAAAGAGAAGUCUUUGGGGAAUGGGGCAGCAGCCAAGAGUGAGGCCAGUAGUAAUGUUAAUGUUGGCAUUAAACGCAAGAGCGAGGACGAUGCCAGAGUUGGUCAAAAUACUAUCAAGAAGAUUGCUUUGGGUGAGGGAAAAAUCCCCGCUGUGUCGAGCUCCCCAAAUCCAAAGACUGGUUUAUCUGCCGGUAACUCUAAAAAUGCAGCGACACCUACCGCCGAGAAGAAAUUGACUACAAGUACUGCAACUUCCACUAGCGCAAAUGGUUCUUCUGCAUCUGCCAAGCCGAAAACCACUACUUCCGGCUUUUUUAAGUCUCUCCAGGGCAACCGUCCAGCCAUUGUCACAAAGCCUGCUGAAAAGAAAUCCACCCCCAACCCUGAAUCCACCCCCAGCACAUUCACUAGUAUUUUCGACCAGCUUGUCCGCCAACAAAAGGAAGGCACUACCGGACUAAGGCCUGAUUCUGAUUCUAAGAAACGUGAGGCCGAUGAAGACCAAAACGGCUCCAACAAGAAGGUCAGAAAGAAGAAGACUGUCCGGUGGAAGACCGGGGAGGAUCUUGCUAGGGUCAAGGUUAUCGAGUGGGUUGAGCCAGAAGGAGAAUACUAUGGAGGCAGUAGCGGACACGAAAAUCAUGAAUAUGGAAAUGCCAGGAAUUUUGAUGUGGAAGAAGGUAGGGAAGCGUUGGCUGCCCUCAAGAAUCGAAAUUUCUUGGAAGAUGAGGAGGAUCUGCUCGAUUGGUACCAGCCAUUAUCUAUCGACUUUGGCGAUCUCAAUCAUGCCUCCACCUCCGCAGAUAAUGCCAUCAGUCGUGGAGGGAAGAAGGAGAUUAUUAGCGAGGAAGCUAAAAUUCAGUCAAAACGCGAACUUCAAACCUUGUCGGCGCUUUAUACCUCUCCGGCUGCCAUCCCAUAUUCCCCUCGAGAACCCGAUUCCAACAGUGACGGUUCUCAGGAAUUCGGUCAGCAGCCAACUAUCAUUCCAUUACCGGAUCGUCUAAAGCCUCCAACCGGCCUCGAGAAUUCGUUUGGCUCUGUUCAGCUGAACCCACAGCCUGCUGCCGUUGCUGACAUCUCAUCGAUACUCUCCGCUAUUAACAAUUUUCAACAGCCAGCACAGAGCCAAACUCAAGCUACCGCCAAUAGUAUUCUAGCCCAAAUACAGGCAAUUACCCAAAGCCAACAGCAACCUGCUGUACCACCUUCUGUGCCAUUCACACAGCCCGUAGCUCAGCAAAUUGCGCAAGCUGCACCUGCGCCAGCCCAACAACCUGACCUUGGCUCCAUACUUAUGGCACUUGGGCCUAACUCCAGCCAACAGCAGCAAGCUGGUACCUCUUUGCUGCAGAAUCUAGUGCAACAAGGCUCAGCUGCCCAAGGAGGCACCUCCGCUGCUCUAACUAAUAUUCUAGCACAGAUGUCGUCUAACCCAACAGCCUUCUCUUUUGGCCAAACUAUCCCAAAUACGUAUGACACUUCUAAUUCCCAAACAUGGCCUACAUACGAACCGCAAUUUCACCAACCAUAUGGGAGCACCCCCAACCACUCUAACCAAUCCUCGUGGGCUACGGGUAGUGGAACUGACGAGUUUGGACGCACCCUACGUGAGGGCGACCGAGAAAAGGAGGGCAGAGGCGGCAAAGAUGUUCGUGGUGCGUUGAGAGAAGCAACCGGCUGGGACGAGAGAAAAUCAGAGGUCGAACGUCACAACGGGAGCGGGAAUAAUGGGAAUAAUGGGAAUGAGCCUACUCGUGGAGGAUGGAGUGGUGUCGGCGAAAUCGAAUACGGAACUAGUAGGCAACAACCUCCGAAAUCCCUAGAGAGAAAAAUGACUUCAGCGGGAGUGACCCCAACAAGCCUCCCCGACAAAGGGAAAGAGCUUUCAGAAGGGGUCCAGGAGUCACGGAUUUCUGGAAGUGACCCGGAACUAAUGGAGGAUAGAGAGGGGGGCGAGGAUACGGUGCUUGAUGCGAAAAUUGAGAGAAUCUAUAGAAAGCUCGACCUUCGGAUAGUACCUGCAUUCUGGGUCCUCUACUUUUUAUGCGCAGCAAUAAGGUCCAAUGUCGGCCUCUCACUAACGAUGAACUCCAAGGAAAAGCAUUCCUUGUCUGAUCGCCUGAAAUUAACCCCUCACGAGAUCAGUACGGGCCUCGCACUCUUCUAUGUUUGCUACGUCCUUUUUGAUCUACCGGCGAACCUGAUAAUGACAAGGCUGAGCCCGCACGUCUGGAUGUCUAGAAUUGUCAUUGGUGUGGGAAUCGUGGGCAGUUGUCACGCAGCACUGAGCGCUGAAUGGAACUUCUAUCUCCUCCGUGUUCUCUUGGGGAUUGUCAUCGCGGGCAUGUGGCCCGGAAUGGCCUACUACCUAACCCUAUUCUACCCACCCUCGCGCACGGGAAAGCGCAUAGGUCAAUACUUCACUGCGGCCCAAGUCUCCGCGGCAGUUGUGGGUCUUGUAAGCGCCGGGUUCCAAAAAAUGGACGGAUACGGUGGCCUAACAGGCUUCGAAUGGAUGUUCCUGCUCUACGGUCUUGUGGCCGUUAUUGAUGGAAUAGUCAUCCUCUGGUGGUUGCCAGACAGACCGAGAGCCCCAGGAACACACGUCCAGCCAACCGGCUGGAGGCGCUAUAUCCCGGCCUCGCAGCCCGCACUCAAGGGUGAAGAUGCGAGGGUUCACUAUGAGGACUUGACGAGGGUGUACCACAGCAAACCGUGGGGUGUGAAGGAUCUUGUCAAGAUCUUGAGGGACUGGAGAUUGUACCCGUUGACAAUCAUGUACUUUGGUGUUGUCGGCGUCGGGAUUGGCGUGCAGAAUUUCGGAACGCUAAUCAUUCGAGCGACCAAUCCUAAGCUAACCAGUGUUGAGCUGUCACUGCUGUUCUCCCCAAUUUGGGUUUGCGACCUUAUCGCCAUUCUGCUGGUCACGCCGAUCAGCGACCGCUUCCAUCACUACCGCGCUCUGUUCUUUAGUGUCCCCGUGUGCAUCCAGAUCUCUGGAUUGUUGGUAACUACAUAUGCCGGUGGUCCGGAUAACCCCUGGCCGAGAUAUGUUGGUCUCUUGAUGGUGGGAUUCGGAUUAGGCCCUACAGUACCAAUCUGCAUGACCUGGACAAACGAGAUCUUCCAACGCCGCCACGGCGAAGUCGGCGUAGCCGCUGCCUCGGCAUUGGUCUCUGGCCUGGGAAACCUUGGAUCCGUAACAACCACCUACGCACUCUACACCGGUUGGGACUCGGAUAACAGGAAAGGCCCACACCAGUUCCGCAAGUCAAACCUGGUCAUGAUCGGGAUCCUGUGCACGAGUAUAUUGUCCGCUGUCACGAUGGGUUUGUUAAUGAAGUUUGUGGAUGGGAAGAAGACGCCGGAGGAGCAGGGCGCUGUUAUGGACCGUGCGGCGAGGAGGGAGUUGAGGGGACAGAGGGGGUUUGGGAGGAUUAAAGGUGGGGGUUAAGUUAGAUGUGGGGUUUGUUACUAGAAGUACCCAUGCUCGGACAGAUGGGUUGUGCGGGGACGGAAAGGGUGUUUUUAGCUGGGGUAAUGAAGUAUAGGUGACUGGAUUGCUAAAAA